UUGAUUCUUCGCAGAGCUCUAGAUCUCAGGCUCCGGCGGGCUGGGCUGGAUUUUAAAAGCAGCGGAUUAUAUCGGCCCCCACAGAGGGCUUAUCCGCGAAACACGGGCAUGUCGGAGAUAGAGUUCCAAGAAGAAGAUCAUAGCAUUCGACUCAAGCGCGAGGUCGUGAUCGAAACGCCCAAGAAGGAGCUCAUUGCUAAGUUGAGCUCCUGCAUUGCUGAUCCAGAUGAACGGCAUGAGUUCCAGCUCUUUUGUCAGAGGAUGGAGCAAAUGUUCGGCUUGCAAUUUCGUACCAGGAAGGAACAGUUAACUGAGCUGUAUGAUCUGUUCAACCCACUUGGGAACAGCUCGAGCAAGAUUGAAGAAAUUUCGGAUCUUCAAGUGAAAGAACACGAGGCACGAUUUUUGGAGCACUUUGCGAGUAUCAUGAGCAAGAGCAACUUCAAGGCUUUGAGCGACUACGAAUGGAAUGUGGCUACCUCCAGUCAGUAUCUCUUUCAUCUUCCUACAAGGAUCGAUAAAACACAGCUUGAUGACGAGCUCUUCGUAGAUACUCCAUACUCAAACCCUUCAAACACGGAUCUGGGUCGAUUUUACGUUGUGUUUCGCCGAGGUAUUGGAACGGAUCAAAAGAGAGCUUACUUCUUCAAAGCGAAGCUGGAUUAUAUUGUUCAGUUUUGUUGGGAUGCGACAUUCAAGAAACUGUGGAACCGCCUCAGAUCAUGCGUCGGGAAAUCCAAAGCGCACGGACAAGCAAUGUUAAGAACCGCGCACACUUCUUCAGACAAAUACGUCUCCGUAAAGCGGAUCCACAUCUCAAACUCGUUCGAGCUGAAAGACUUUUUCAAAAGGUUUACCCUGCAAGAUCCGACUUUUGAUCACACGAUCAUAGUUUACAGGAAAGUCACGGAGUUGUGUGAUGCUAAGAGAAAGAAAGACUUUGGAAUCUACAUAAAACACUACAAGGAAAUUCCUAUGGCGGACAUGGAACUAGUCCUCCCCGCUAAGAAGCAUCCAAGGCUCCCUUUGCAGGACUGGAUAAAACUUAUUGUUUUCGCUUUGAUCUGUGUGGCAGCAAUUGUUUCGGCAUUGAGACGACGUUCUCAAGCGGCCAUCGUGAUUGGUAUUGUUGUUGCGUUUGUCAGCUACGCCAUGAAGAUCUACGUAACGUUUAAUAUGAAUGUUCUCGAGUACGAACGAGACAUCAACAAUCUCAUGGCUGGGAAACUACUCGACUGUGGACAUGGAACACUUCUCCAUGUCCUCGACGAAGCUAUCCAGCAGGAGGUGAAAGAGGCGAUCAUAGCGUACUUUGUGCUGAUGAGAAACCCUGGCGGAGCCAUCAGUGAAGAGGAACUGCGGCGCCGAUGCAAUGAAGUGAUUGAUAGCUACUUCGAGAAUGGGACAAGUGAAUUUGAGGUCAAGGACGCUGUGGAUAAACUCCGAAGGCUUGGAAUUAUAAUGGAGAGGGAUGGGCGGAUCAAGCACGUAUUGGUGAGAGAGGCAAACGAGAAACUCCUCGCUAGAAUGAUGGAGUCAUUGUGUGAAUGAAGGCAACAAUUAAAGCUUUGGCAUCGUCCUCUUCUAGAUUACCAAGGCGAGCAUCACAUAGAGAAACUCAAGCGAUGCGAGCACAAAGUGGAGCUCCAUCGAUGGAAACUUGUAGCUGGGAUCCAGCGCAAUGUUGUAGCACAGCUCCAAGUUAUACAGCGAGACAUAGGAUUUAAUGA